AGCCCCACCGCCGUCUUCUUCCUUCCUCCGCCAACACCCAAAGGCACAAGCCUUCCCCCUCCCUCCCUACCUUUCCGAUCCACAGAACCCAGAAAGCCGUAGACGAGAGCAACGAGGAGGAGGAGGAGGAGGCAUUCGAGCUUCUCUUUGCUUCACGUCUUUUAAGCGGUCGCCCCAUUUGUUGGCGUCGGCGUUCUCGGGGUGGGAGACUCAGCAAUGGCGACGAGGAACCACCGCGCUGCUGCCGCUGCCGCUGCCGCUCCGCAGCCGGCGAACCGAGGUGCCGCGAGGAUCGCGGGGAAACAGAAAGACGCGGCGGCCGCCGGCAGACCUAACGCCACACGCCCAGCCCUCGGUGACAUUGGCAACGUCGCUCUCUCCGAUGUCCUCGACGGGGGGAUCAAGCUGCCGGAGGGGAUCCAUCGCCCCAUCACCAGGAGCUUCGGCGCCCAGCUCUUAAAGGCCGCUUUGGCGAACAAGAACGCCGUAGCUCCUGCUCAGCCUGUAGCGGCGCGCGCCGUUACGAAGCCAGCCAGGAAAGUGCCUGCGAAGAACAUCCCUCGUCCUGAGCAGGAGAACAGGAAGCCAUCGGAGGGUGCCGCCAAAAAUCCCGAGGGGAACAGGAAGCCAUUGGAGGGUGCCGCCAAAAAUCCCGAGGGGAACAGGAAGCCAUCUGAGGGUGCCAAGAAUGGGAGGAAGAAGCUCGUGUGCACGCUUUCAACCGUCCUUUCUGCGCGUUCUAAGGCUGCCUGUGGCCUUACCGAGAAGCCAAAGCCGCUCAUUGAGGAUAUUGACAAGUCGGAUGGCGACAACCAGUUUGCUCUGGUGGAUUACGUUGAGGACAUCUACACAUUCUACAAGACUGCCCAGCAUGAGAGCCGUCCCAUUGACUACAUGGGCAAUCAGCCCGCGAUCACCUACAAAAUGCGCGCCAUGCUCACGGAAUGGCUCAUCGAGUCUCACCAAAGAUUCCACCUCAUGCCAGAAACGCUCUACCUCACAAUAUACAUUGUAGACCGGUACCUGUCGCUGCAGCCCGUGCCGAGGGCGGAGCUCCAGCUCGUUGGCAUGGCAGCGAUGCUGAUCGCCUGCAAAUACGAGGAGAUUUGGGCACCGCAGGUAAAUGACUUCAUCCAAAUAGCAGAUUGCGCAUUCAGCCGGCAGCAGAUUCUUGUCGCGGAGAAGGCUAUUCUGAACAGCAUGCAGUGGAACCUUACUGUCCCCACUCCGUACCACUUCCUGCUGCGAUUCGCCAAGGCUGCCGGUAGUGCUGAUGAACAGCUUCAGAAUAUGAUUUAUUUCUUCGGAGAGCUCGCUUUGAUGGCCUACGGUAUGGUGACGACAUAUCCUUCCACGGUUGCUGCUUGCGCUGUGUAUGCUGCUCGCCUCACGUUGAGGAAGAGUCCUCUCUGGACAGAAACCUUGAAGCACCACACUGGCCUCCACGAGCAGCAGCUCAGGGAAGGCACAAGGAUGUUGCUCAGGUCCCAUGCUGCUGCUCCUGAUGCGAACCUGAAUGCCGUCUACGAGAAGUACUCCGCGGAGCAGUUUGGGCGUGUUGCUCUGCACCCACCGGCUGCUCUUCCCGACCUUGUCUAGAAUUUUUACUAGGUCACAGACAAUGGAAGGGGGAUUUGGUUCAGUUUGCUUUGGAUGAUAAAAGUUUGAGAGUUAUUUUUUCAUCUCAUACUCUAUUCUCAGGAGUAUAUUAUAGGGUCUGUUUGGUCAUAACUAUUCAUAAUUAUAUGAAUAAUCACAUUGAAAAUUUGUGAUUGAUUAUACAGAAUGAUUUGUUAUUUUCUGAUUC